UACCCAGUGAAUGAGAUAGCCACAAUCAAAGACGAAAAAAAACAUAACACUUCCUUUCUAUCUUUUCGCCGUCCACGUCGACAUUCCGGCUAUCUUCUCCGAUCACUCCCCGUUUCCGGCAAUCAACUUCCGUUUAUCAAAGAUGAUCAGAACAGAAUGAGAAUCGCUAUCGACCUAUCAUGUCAGUCUCGUGCUCCGAUUGCUUCUCCGACUUACUCUGCGGCGAGGACUCCGACACCGUUUUCACAAACGGAGGAGGAGGAGAGGAUUCGCCGGAAUGUUCGUCGUCGGAUAUCGAAUCUCAGUUCGUCGAUUUCGAUGAAUCCAUCGCCGGUCUUAUUGAAGACGAACGAUACUUCGUCCCUGGAUUUGACUAUUUCGAGAGGUUUCAAUCUCAAUCUCUAAUCGCCGUUGCUAGAGAAGAUUCCGUUGCAUGGAUUCUCAAGGUACAACGCCACUAUGGUUUCCAGCCAUUAACGGCGUAUCUCGCUGUUAAUUACUUCGAUCGUUUUCUCUACUCUAAAAGCUUGCCGCAAACAGACUGUUGGCCGCUACAACUCUUGUCGGUUGCUUGCUUAUCUUUAGCAGCAAAAAUGGAGGAACCUCUUGUUCCUUCUCUUUUGGAUAUUCAGGUUGAAGGUGCAAAGUACAUAUUUGAACCCAAAACCAUCCAAAGAAUGGAGUUUCUUGUGCUGAGGGUAUUAGAUUGGAGGCUCCGAUCCAUAACCCCGUUUUGCUUCCUCAGCUUCUUUGCCUAUAAGCUUGAUCCAGUAGGAACUUUCACUGGCUUCCUUAUUUCAAAGGCUACUGAAAUUAUCCUCUCAAAUAUUCAAGAAGCUAGCUUUCUUGAAUAUUGGCCAUCAUGCAUAGCUGCUGCAACAAUACUUUGUGCAGCUAAUGAUCUUCCAAAUUUCUCUCUUGUGAAUGCUGAACAUGCUGAAUCUUGGUGCGAUGGACUCCGCAAAGAUAAAAUCGUGGGUUGCUAUGAAUUAGUGCAAAAGUAUGCCAUUGCAUUAAGACCAAGGAGAUUUCCAAAAGUUUUACCACGGGUACGAGUAAUGACUCGGGCUAGUACUGUAUUAACCAGUGAGUCAUCAUCCUCGUCCUCAUCAUCUUCCACAUCUUAUAAAAGGAGAAAACUAAAUAACAGCUGGUGGAAUACAGAUGACGACAGAGCAAGUUCAUGUUAAUUAAGGGGUGGCGAAUUAAGAAUAAGGAGCUAGGAAAAAGAAAAUGUGGUCCUUACAAUCCUCAGUAUUUUUUCAUGUUGGAGGGUGUUUUUGAGUUAAAUUGACUGGAGUGAUGUAGAUUAUUUAGUACUAUAUAUAAUGUACGUACGAUGAGAGUUUGGGACUUGGGAGCAUUAAAUUAAUCUUUUUUAUUUGGGUGAGAAGUGCCAUUCAUUAAAUGGCUUUGCUUAUUCCCUAGGGGAAGGGGAUUUGGUACAUAGUAUUUUGGUGUGAGAAAAGGUGAAAGAGAGAAAAAGAAAGAGAAAGAAGAGAUUGUUUAAUUAUAGUAGCAUUAAGUGGAGUCAUGGAGUAGUGUGUGUGAAUGAGGUGGGGUUUUGUGAUUGAAUUCAAAGGGAG